UUUUUCAAUGUUAUCAUUUUAUCAACACGUGUAGUGAUAGCAUCGAAGAACAAUAACAAACAAUUUUUUCUCCCACGAACAGAUUGAUAUCUCGCUAUCAGACUGAUAGUAUCAGCCGUAUGUUAGUAUCUUUCACGUGUGUUGAGCGUUAUUUUUUUGUUUUGAUUCUACAAUGUUUUGUAUUUAAAGAGUACAAUAUUAAUUAAUAAUUAUUAUUAUAUUGACGUCUAAGGUCUUAGUCCUUAGACUAUAUAAUUGACUAAUACAUUUUAAUACAAUCAAAAAGACUACCGGUUAAAAUAAUUCUCUUGACAUUGCUGUGUUCUGACACAACACAGCAGCAUCAUGACUAUGAAAGUGACAUCGAAAACGUUUAUACGAAAAACCAAGCGUGGUAAUAUUUUAAAGAUUGUACGCGAACACUACUUAAGAGAUGACAUAGGUUGUGGCUCAAAAAUAUGCAAGAAGUGCAAGCACAACAGUGAACGACCACUCGUCAAACACCAAUCUAUAAACACAGAUUUCCAAGACAAACAUUAUUUAUUAGUAGAUACAAAUGUAGUUUUGCAUCAGAUUGAUGCUCUGGAAGAUGAAACUUUGAAGAAUGUCAUUAUUUUACAAACUGUACUUGAAGAAGUCAAACAUCUCAGUCAUAGUGUUUAUAAACGUUUAAUGGAUAUUAUAGGAAAUUAUUCUAGAAGUUUUUAUGUGUUUGUUAAUGUUUAUCAUAGGGAUACAUAUGUUGAACGUGUCCGAGGAGAAAGUCCAAAUGAUUACAAUGACCGUAUGAUUAGGGUAGCAGCUCUUUGGUAUAAUAAACAUUUGGACGAUAAAAUAAAAGUAUUAUUAUUAUCCAGUGAUGAAGCUAGCAAGGCUAAAGCAAUUAAUGAAGGAAUACCUACAAUGUCGCUCGAACAAUAUGUUAGUGGGUUAAACAAUGUUACAUUAACCGAUAAACUGUCUAAUCACUCUUGCAUGGUAGAAGAAACAAGUAAAGAACCAAUUUUCCCUCCUCAUUUGACCCCAGCAAAAAUACAUCAGGGCAUAAAGGCUGGAAAACUAAUGCAGGGCACAUUUUUUGCGUCUGUUGAUAAUUUUCUUGAAGGAAAUGUUUUUGUGGAAGGACAAGAAAAGAAUAUAUUGUUGCAAGGCAGAGAAAAUUUAAAUCGAGCCAUUAAUGGUGAUAUUGUUGCCAUUCAAAUGCUUCCAGAAAGUCAAUGGAGUGCACCUGCUAAUUUAGUUAUAGCAGAUUAUGAUGAUUUGGACUUGGAAAAUAAUUUAAAUACUGUUGAAAAGCCAAAAGAAAAAUAUCCAACAGGUCAAGUGGUUGGAAUAAUACGAAAAAAAUGGAGACAGUAUUGUGGGAUCAUCCAACAUAGUCUUGUUGAUAAUGCAACUCGGCAUUUAUUCGUACCAGCAGAGAAGAAGAUUCCAAAAAUAAGAAUAGAAACUAGACAAUAUGACAAAUUAAAAGAUCAACGUGUUAUUGUUUCCAUUGAUACAUGGCCAAGAACUUCAAGAUAUCCAUUGGGCCAUUUUGUGAGGUCGCUUGGAAAAAUUGGUGAAAGAGAAGCUGAAAACGAAGUUAUAUUAUUAGAACAUGAUGUCCCGCACAGUAAAUUUUCAGAUGAAGUUUUAGGGUGUUUACCAAAAGAAACAUGGACUAUUAGUGCCGCA